AUGCGGAAGUGGUCGAAGGAGAAUUCUACUUCAGGGUUUCGGAGAGGUAGACCGGUCUUCUUGAAACCGAGUGACGGUGAUGUUUUUGAUAACCAUAAUGGUCCACUUAUUCUGGAGGACCGUUUAACCGAAGAAAGAACAAAUGUAGUCGUAAAUAAUCCAUUCUUAGCACUCUCUAUUCAACAGCAACGUGCGCGACUUCCUAUUUUUAAAUAUCGCAAUCAUAUUAUAUAUCUGCUAGAAAAAUAUCGUAUACUUAUCAUCAUUGGAGAAACUGGAUGUGGCAAAACUACUCAAGUACCUCAGUACUUGAUGGAAGCCGGUUGGGCUUCAGAUGGGCGAAAAAUAGGUGUAACACAACCAAGAAGAAUAGCAGCAGUGACGUUGGCUAAUCGCGUUGCUGAAGAGAAAUCAUGUAAACUUGGUGAGGAUGUUGGUUAUGUAGUUCGCUUUGACGAUAUGACCGAUUCGAAAACUAAGAUAAAAUUUAUGACAGAUGGUAUCCUUCUUCGUGAAUUUAUGUCCGACCCUUUAUUAACACAAUACAGUAUACUAAUGGUGGAUGAAGCGCACGAACGUUCUAUAAACACCGACAUUAUAUUGGGUUUGCUGCGAAAAGUAAUAAUGGUACGUCAGGAUCUGCGAAUCAUUGUUUCAUCUGCAACUCUUGAUGCUACUCUUUUCCGUGAUUUUUUUGAGUUAAAUGAUACAAGCGACAAAAGCAAAGAUAUAACGAGUAUUAUCUCUGUCGAAGGUCACAUCCAUCCUGUCACUGUCUAUUAUACAAAAAAUCCCGUGCCGGAUUAUAUUCAAAAAACGGUAGAAACUGUUCUCGAUAUCCAUAAAAAUGAACAACCUGGCGAUAUAUUGGUGUUUCUUACAGGCCAAGAUGAGGUAGAAUCAGUUAAUAAACAGCUACUUGAAGCGGUCAGAGAUCUAAGGAAGAAGGAAGUGGAUAAACUUUGGAUCGUACCAAUGUAUGGCUCAUUACCAGGAUUCCAGCAGUUGAAAGCUUUUGACUCAACUCCUUACGGCACACGGAAAGUCGUGAUUGCUACAAAUAUUGCCGAAACGUCUCUAACCAUACCUGGGAUAACAUAUGUGAUUGAUUGUGGUUUUGUGAAACUUCGAGUGAUGAAUCCUGAAAACUAUUUUGAAAGCUUGAUGAAAUUGCCUGUUUCUCAAGCAUCAGCACAACAACGCACAGGCAGAGCUGGACGAAUUCGACCCGGAAAAUGUUAUCGUCUUUAUCCACAAGAAGAAUAUGACAAGCUUCUGCCGAAUACGAUACCCGAAAUGCAGCGACUAAGCCUUGCAUCUGUCAUUCUAUUGUUGAAAGCUUUAGGAAUACAUAAUGUGUUACGCUUCAAUUAUUUGUCGCGGCCACCUUCCUUUGCAAUGAUUGAAGGUCUUCAGUUGUUGUAUUAUCUUGGAGCCCUUUCAAAGGACGGUUUAUUAACUAAUCCAUUAGGCAUUCAAAUGAUAGAUUUUCCUUUGCCGCCUCAACAUUCCAAAACUCUUUUAUGUUCGGGUGAACUUGGUUGCAGUGAAGAGAUUGCAACGAUUAUCGCAAUGCUUCAAAUACAGGAUGUUUUUAUCAUACCAUCAAGAAAUCGUCAUGAAGCUGAAUUAAUGAAAAGAAAUUUCUCGGUUGAAGAAGGCGAUCAUUUCACUCUUUUGAACGUUUUCACAAAUUUCAUGCUGAAUGGGAAGUCAAAACAAUGGUGCAUCAAUCAUUUUCUGAAUUACCGUGGCCUUUGUCGUGCAGAAGCAAUUCGUAAUCAGUUGCUGGGUCUUUUGAGGCAUCAUAAUAUUCCAAUCAAAUCAUGCAAAGAAAAUGGUGAGCUAAACUCAGUCCUUCAUUGUCUGGUUAAAGGAUUCUUCUCACAAGCUGCGUAUUAUCAUUAUUCUGGCGAUUAUGUUACUAUCAGGAAUGAACACCAUUUCAAAAUUUACAAAGGAUCGGCGAUUAUGUACAAAAGAGAAUUCCCAAAAUGGGUGAUAUUCACGGAAGUGCUACAAGACUCGAUACGUGACAUCAGUGUAAUUGAACCAGAAUGGUUGUAUCAGCUAGUUCCAGAGUACUACGAAUUUGGGACGGAUGCCGAAAUAGCAAGGAGAAAAGUGGAAGCAAAAAGUGUUUCAUAA